AUGAACGCCGAGAUCUGCAGUCCAUACGGCGACAUGACCUCCAUGGAUUCAUUUUAUAGUCCUUCUGCAGCACAAAGUCGGCACGAGCAGACGGACCACUUCAGGACGUUCCCAUCGGCUGACACCAAAUACAGCCCCGCUGCGUUCGUGCAGGCCCACAAAGGUCACGCGUACGGAGACAAGCCGCGGAGCCCGUUCCAGCAGGAGUGCCACUCAUUGGACGCCGGUCACGCUGCUUUCAGCAAAUUCCAUCUCUUCACGCACAGGUCCUCCUGCAAAACACCCCCAGAGGAAAGUGAGGGGCUCCGGGAGGGCGGUCACGACGCAGAGAUCAUCCCCUGCUAUGGUAAAGACAGUUCAAAUCUGACAGAUUCUGACUUGACUUCACUCUCCGACCAUCCAACAAUGGACGCCAGCUACCUAGCUGUGAAGGAUCAGGGCAUCAACGCAACAUCUGAUCGGCCACCAGGUGCUGAUUUAGCGAUCCCCCAUGACAAAAGUGAUGGCAGUGAGAGCAACAAGGGCAAGAAGAGGCGCAAUCGCACCACCUUCACCAGCUACCAGCUGGAAGAGCUGGAGAAGGUCUUUCAGAAGACGCACUAUCCAGAUGUUUACGCUCGUGAGCAGCUGGCACUACGGACGGACCUGACUGAAGCGCGUGUGCAGGUGUGGUUCCAGAACCGGCGGGCCAAAUGGAGAAAGAGGGAGCGUUUUGGUCAGAUGCAGCAGGUUCGAACGCACUUCUCCACAGCUUACGAGCUGCCGCUGCUGACACGUCCCGAGAGUUACGCACAGAUACAGAAUCCAUCCUGGAUUAGCGGCAGCAGUGCAGCGUCACCCGUGCCAGGCUGCGUGGUGCCCUGUGACACGGUGACGUCCUGCAUGACUCCUCACCCCCACUCGGCCAGCGGGGUGUCCGAGUUCCUGGGUGUUCCGAGCCCCGGAGGUCACAUGGGCCAGGCUCACCUGGGCGGCCUCUUUGGAGGAUCCCCCGGCAUGGCGACGGGGCUCAACGCCUACGACCUCAACAUGGACCCUGACCGCAAGUCCUCCAGCAUCGCCUCUCUGCGCAUGAAGGCCAAAGAGCAUAGUGCCGCCAUAUCUUGGGCCUCAUGAUGUGCGGAUACCUGCUGAAGGGGACCGUCUUUAUCUCCCCUCCGAUGUCCGAGCCAAGCCGGUGUGGGGUGAAGGCACGCAAAUGUAAAUCUCAAGGCAACGGUGACUACCUUCAUUAAGGCUACAGAAAAAAAUGCAAAUGAUGAAGCAAUUUUGAAAGACAGCCCCCAAAGUGGACGAGUGGCCUUGGUGGAGUGGGAGAUGACUCUGUGUGGUUAGAGUGCAGUAUUGGUGAUGCUUUAUUGAUUUCAAACUAAUUCAUGCACUUAUUUGCUAAAAUACAAGGUUUGUUUGUACAGUGCUUUCAGUGAUUUCAGGUGCUCUUUUAUUCUAACUUUAUUAUUUAAAAUUUAAAAGUUGUUUUUUUGUGCUGGAUUUGCUUUAAAAUCAAACAUCUUUACAGGCUAAAAUUCAAAUGUUAUUUUAUUUAUAGUAGUAGCUACAAAUCAGCUCCCUUCAGCAUUGAUUUAAAUGAUUUUAAAUAAUAACCAAGUGUGUAUUUCAGAGAUUAUCAUCUGUUCCCGCUACCAGAAACAUCUGUUGGCUGUUGUGUUCGCGGAGCCUGCACCCAAACAAUGCAAGCUCUGUUUCUAUGUGGCAGUUUUUCAUUUUAAGAAUCAGCAGUGUCAAGAAAAGAAGUGCCUACAUGUCACUCAGACUGACAUCAAUAAUAACAUAACACCAAGAGAAUCUGGUGAAGAUUUUUUAAAAAAACAACAAAAAAAACCGACAAGAAAUACUUAAAAGUGAUGUACUUUUUCACACAAAGCUGAAGUGUACAGCAGU